GUCAUUUCCGCUAUACCGACUGGCGGGACUUCUUCACCUGCUGGAAAUAUUAGGAACGGGUUGUUUGCAGCCAUUAUAAGGUUCAUAAUUCUUCUCUUAAAACAUGAUGGCAAGAAGCGGAAAAGACUCCAGAGAACUGAAAGACGACAUGGUCGGGUUCUCAAACGGGUGCCGGGAGGAGCCCUCAGCGGGAGACGGAGGAGUCUCGGAGGCUGAGUCCCGUUCCAACGGAGUAGCUGCAGGGGUCAGCCCGCAGAAGUUCAUCUUCAGCCCGGAGCCCAGCAUGGAGGACAUCCGCAGGAUGCAGGCCGACUUCACGGACGAGCGCGACUGGAAUAAGUUCCACCAGCCCCGCAAUCUGCUCCUGGCCAUGGUCGGGGAGGUGGGCGAGGUGGCGGAACUCUUUCAGUGGCGGGGAGAGGUGGCGGAGGGUCUGCCGGACUGGACCGAGACCGAGCGGGAGCAGCUGGCGCACGAGCUAAGCGACGUGCUCAUCUAUCUGGUGGAGCUGGCCGAGAAGUGCCGCGUGGACCUUCCCCAAGCGGUGCUGCGCAAGAUGGCGCUGAACCGACUCAAAUAUCCCUCUAGCAAGGUGCACGGCUCGGCCAAGAAAUACACAGAGUACAAGGACUGAGAGCUG